GGCCUUGCGCAUGCUCCCCUGCGCCCUCUCCACACGCUGGUUUCGCGUCUUCCGUGGUGCCCCUAAGGAGCGUGGUGUCUCGGGUCUAGCGGCGUCGUGGGUCCUGGCAGCCCCGGCCAUGGGCAAAACGGUUGGUUCUCUGGGUCAGGGAACCCGACCCGACCCGGUGCGGAGCUUCAAUCGCUGGAAGAAAAAACACAGCCACAGGCAGCACCAAAAGAAGGAGCGGAGGAAGCAACUAAAGAAGCCGGAAUGGCAGGUCGAGCGCGAGGGGAUCAGCCGCCUCGUGCAAAACUACGAGAAGAUAAAUGUAAAUGAAAUUACAAGAUUUUCAGAUUUCCCUUUGUCCAAAAAAACAUUGAAAGGUUUGCAAGAAGCCCAGUACCGCUUGGUAACAGAGAUACAAAAGCAGACCAUAGGGUUGGCUUUGCAAGGUAAAGAUGUGCUUGGAGCUGCCAAAACUGGAUCUGGCAAGACGUUAGCUUUUCUUGUUCCAGUGUUGGAAGCCUUAUAUCGCCUGCAGUGGACUUCAACAGAUGGCCUGGGAGUUCUGAUAAUAUCACCGACUCGAGAACUAGCCUAUCAGACAUUUGAGGUUUUACGCAAAGUAGGGAAGAAUCAUGAUUUUUCAGCCGGUCUCAUCAUUGGUGGAAAGGAUCUGAAACAUGAAGCUGAGAGGAUCAACAGCAUAAACAUACUCGUUUGCACACCAGGUCGGCUUCUUCAACACAUGGAUGAAACAAUAUGUUUUCAUGCCACUAACCUUCAGAUGUUAGUUCUUGAUGAGGCAGAUAGAAUCUUGGAUAUGGGCUUUGCUGAUACCAUGAAUGCUAUUAUUGAAAAUCUUCCCAAGAAACGCCAGACUUUACUGUUCUCAGCCACACAGACCAAAUCUGUAAAGGACCUUGCGCGCUUGAGUUUGAAAGACCCUGAAUAUGUCUGGGUUCAUGAGAAAGCAAAAUACAGCACCCCUGCUACAUUGGAACAGAACUAUAUAAUUUGUGAGCUGCACCAAAAAAUAAGUGUGCUGUUUUCCUUUUUGCGAAGCCACCUACAGAAGAAGAGUAUUGUGUUUUUCUCCAGUUGCAAAGAGGUUCAGUACCUGUACAGGGUGUUCUGCCGGCUGCGCCCAGGGAUCUCUAUUCUUGCUCUCCAUGGCCGGCAACAUCAGAUGAGAAGAAUGGAAGUCUACAAUGAAUUUGUCCGAAAGAGGGCUGCAGUACUUUUUGCUACUGAUAUUGCAGCCAGGGGACUGGAUUUUCCAGCUGUGAAUUGGGUCCUUCAGUUUGAUUGUCCAGAGGAUGCCAACACGUAUAUUCACAGAGCUGGUAGAACUGCCAGGUACAAAGAGGAUGGAGAAGCGUUAUUAAUUUUACUACCCUCAGAAGAACAAGGGAUGGUGCAGCAGCUUCUCCAGAAGAAAGUACCUGUGAAGGAGAUCAAAAUCAAUCCAGAAAAACUUAUUGAUGUUCAGAAAAAAUUAGAAUCAAUUUUAGCUCAAGAUCAAGAUUUAAAGGAAAGAGCUCAAAGGUGUUUUGUCUCCUACAUACGUUCAGUAUAUCUUAUGAAGGAUAAAGAAGUAUUUAAUGUCAGCAAGUUACCUAUUACUGAAUAUGCACUGUCUCUUGGUCUUGCUGUGGCACCACGGAUAAGAUUUCUUCAGAAAAUGGAGAAACAGCCCUCCAAAGAAUUGGUAGAGAAUCAAGUCACUGAAGCAGUUCAACCCAGGGCUCCCCCCCUCACCAACGAUGAAGUAGAAGAAUUUCGAGCUUAUUUCAGUGACAGAAUGUCCAUCCUUCACAAAAGUGGGGAAAGACUAGAAGAGAUGGAACACAGAUUGGCUAGUGGUGAUAGUGACGAAGAACAACAGGAUGAAGCGACGGAAGAAGAAGAAAUGGAAGAUCAUCUGAGAAAAGCAAGAGAGCCUCACAUUGAGGAGGCACAGGUCAAAGAAGUUCCCAUGCAGUUCUUAGACAGAGAUGAUGAUGAUGAUGAAGAUGGGCCCGAUUCUGACUUCCUCACAGUGAAGCGGCGUGAUGUGUUUGGGUUGGAUCUUAAAGAGAAUGAAGCACUGGAGAAAAAAGAACCUUCUAAGUCCAGUGUCAAGAAAAAAUUAACCAAAGUUGCAGAAGCAAAAAAAGUAAUGAAAAGAAAUUUUAAAGUGAACAAGAAAAUAACAUUUACUGAUGAAGGGGAGUUGGUUCAGCAGUGGCCACAGAUUCAGAAAUGUGCUACAAACGCUGUGGAGGAAGAAGAUGACACUGGUGGUAUUAACCUAGACAAAGCAAAGGAAAGGCUUCAGGAAGAGGACAAAUUUGACAAAGAAGAAUACAGGAAGAAAAUUAAGGCAAAGCACCGGGAAAGACGCCUAAAAGAAAGAGAGGCCAGAAGAGAAGCCAGCAGAAGACAAGCAAAGGCCAAAGAUGAAGAGGAAGCCUUUCUGGACUGGAGUGAUGAAGAUGAUGGUGGGUUUGAUCCAAGCACACUUCCAGAUCCAGAUAAGCACAGAAGUUCUGAAGAGUCGGAGAGUGAAGAUACAAACCAUAAGAUGAGUGACACCAAGAAGAAGCAGGAAACAAGGAAGAGAAACAACACUGAAGACGAUGAUACAAGACCAAGAAGUCGUCAUGGAAAGAAGGCCAAGUGGGAAACGUUAGAACCUUUGGAUACAGGCCUGUCUUUAGCAGAAGAUGAAGAGCUGGUGUUACAUCUCCUCAAAAGUCAAAACUAAACAUUCUCUGUGCCUUUGUGUACUUUGAUAUCUUUGGACAUUACUAUGUGGGCAAGAAGUUGAAAACAGCUUUGAGUUUUGAAAUAUCAAGGAACAUACUCAGAAUAAGGACGUAUUGUAUACUGUUAGAAUUUAUAUAUAGGCUCUUAUUCCCCAUCAUUGGAAAUGCUUGUUUUGUUUAUUUCCACAGUACUAAAGAUUAAACCAAGGCCUUGAUUAUGGUAGAUAAGAGCUCUAGUCCUGAGCUGUGUACCUAGGUCCUACUUGUUUGUUUUACAGGCAAGGUUCUGUUGUUUAUUUAUUGUUAAGUAUACACAAUAAUUUUAUGUAUAUCUCAUUAUCUCCAAAGAAAGAUUAUAAGGGACUAGCUCUGACAAAGAAUGAGUAUUUUUUAAUUGAGUUCAUAAAAAAAUAAACAUAUUUCUUAUACUAUUGUUUUCAUUGUAUCCAGUGAUAUGAAAGACAGUCAAAAUAGACUCAUAAAAUUAAAACAUGACAAAUUUCUAAAACUUUUUUGUAUUAUUAAUUAGCCUGCUCAAACGUAACACAUUACUCUUGUACUUGGAGAUCGCUGGCAGUUACUUAUAAAAUUUCUUGACAUCUGAAAA